CUAUUAGUAGGUCAGACAGCUUUCACUCAGCGAGCCGCUACACUUAGACGACUAUCCUGGUCAUGGCAAUGGCAACAGAAGUUUAUAAUAAACAGAAAACCAUCGACCUGAGAAAGAAACAUAUUGGUCCUUCCUGUAAAGUGUUCUUCAGCCAUGACCCUAUCAAGAUUGUACGGGCCAGAGGCCAGUACAUGUACAGUGAGAAAGGCGAGCAGUACCUGGACUGCAUCAACAACGUCGCACACGUGGGUCACAGCCACCCAGACGUUGUCUGUGCUGGAGCCAAGCAAAUGGAACUCCUAAAUACCAACUCACGCUUCCUGCACGACAACCUCGUCCAGUACGCACAACGCUUACAGGCUACCCUACCAGAAAAACUCUUCGUCUGCUACUUUACAAACUCUGGCUCCGAGGCUAAUGACCUGGCUUUAAGACUGGCCUGGCAGUACACUGGCCACAAAGACAUCAUCACGCUGGAUAACGCAUAUCAUGGCCAUGUGUCGUCACUCAUUGAUAUCAGCCCCUACAAGUUUCACCAGCUGGCUGAGGACAAGCAGAGCCAACAUGUGCAUGUGGCUCCAAGUCCGGACAUCUACAGAGGUAAAUACAGGGAAGACCACUCAGACCCUGCUACUGCGUAUGCAGAUGAAGUUAAAGCCAUUAUCGAAAAAGCUCAUGGAAAAGAACAUAAGAUUGCUGCUUUCAUUGCCGAGUCACUGCAGAGUUGUGGAGGGCAGAUCAUUCCUCCAGUGGGUUAUUUCCAGAAAGUGGCACAGCAUGUGAGAAAAGCUGGAGGUCUCUUCAUUGCUGAUGAGGUGCAGGUGGGAUUUGGAAGAGUAGGCACCCAUUUUUGGGCAUUCCAGCUUCAAGGAGAGGACUUUGUGCCUGACAUUGUCACAGUGGGCAAACCUAUUGGAAAUGGCCAUCCAAUGUCUUGUGUGAUAACUACCAAAGAAGUGGCAGAAGGUUUCAUGUCAUCUGGAAUGGAAUAUUUUAACACGUUUGGUGGUAACCCUGUAUCAUGUGCUAUUGGACUAGCUGUGUUGGAUGUAAUUGAGAAGGAGGAUCUACAAGGCAAUGCUCUGAGAGUGGGGGGAUACCUGACUGAGUUACUGGAGAAGCUGAAAGAGAGGCAUCCAUUAAUAGGAGAUGUUAGAGGUUGUGGCCUAUUUGUUGGUGUGGAGCUGGUAAAAGAUCGAGUCAAAAAAACUCCUGCAACAGCUGAAGCUCAGGAUGUCAUUUACAGAUUAAAGGAUCAGCAAGUAUUAUUAAGUGCAGAUGGACCACAUCGCAAUGUCCUAAAGUUCAAACCCCCCUUGUGCUUCUCCAAAGAGGAUGCUGAUCUGGCAGUUGGAAAAAUCGACCAGAUUCUUACAGACCUUGAGGUGGCUUUGGACCUUGACAUAGCUGAUGCUAAAGAGCCUUUAAAUGCACAGAGUAAAAGAAAGGAGUCCUUUGAGAAGAAUGGAUAUGGAAAUCAUUUAGAUGGCACCAGUGACAACAAACACAUUACAAAGACUUCCAAAAGAAGAAAAACAUAACAAGCUACAAUAACUUCAAAUCACAGUAAAUAGGCUCAAGGAUCAAAGACAAUUUUACUAUAUUAAUUUCCAUGUUUUAAUGGAUUAUAAUUAUAAUGUACCUAAUAAUUUAACAUUUUAAUAAACACUACAUAAUAUUUGCAUAUUAAACAUAUUUAGAAUUUGAUGCCUGCUGCAUACUCAAAAAAGUUGGGACAUUAAAAAAUCCUAAAAUCCUAAUAAACAAACAAACAAAUAAACAAAAAGAUGUGGUGUGGCUCACCACUUUGUGCCACAAUUCAUCAGAGAACUGCUAAUUGGUUUAAAAAGAACAUUUCUCAGUGCACAAUUGCACAUAAUUUAGGUUUCUGAAGAGUUGAAAAGUUUUAAGGACACUCAGGACAAACAGUCUGUUUGGAGCAAAGCCGGAAACUUUGUGGGUGACCACUCAGACGGCAUAAAAAAUGGAUAAAUAUAGCCAUAUGGGCUUGGGGGUACUUCAGAAAAUCAUUGUCAUACACAGUCUACCUCUGCAUCAAUAAAUAAAACUUGAAACUCUGUUACACAAAGAGAAAGUCAUACAUUAAUUCUAUACUUAAACGCCACAGUGUGCUCUGGUCAGAUAAGUCCACAUUACAGCUUGUUGUCAGGAAAUGUGAACAUCAAAUUCUAUGCGUCAAAUAUGAAAAUGACCUUCCAGACUGUUAUCAGUCAAAAGUGUAAAAGCCAAAAUGGCAUGGUGCUCAUAGUGUGGGUGACUUGCACAUGUGUGAAGGUACAAUUGAUGUGGAGCUGUAUAUUGGGAUUUUAAAGAGACACAUUCUGCCAUUAAAACAGCAGCUUUUCCCAGGAUGUCCAUGAUUAUUGUAGCAAAAUGAUGCCAGGCCCUAUUCUGCAUGCAUAACAAGUGUGGCUUCAUAGACACAGAGUGUAUGUGUGCUUGACUGGCCUGCCUGCAUUCAAGAUCUGUCUCUAUUAAAAAUUUAUGGUGCAUCAUAAAGAGGAGAAUCAGACAAUAGCGAUUACGGACUGUUGAGCAGAUACAAGUCUUGUAUCAAGCACAAAUUAAAAAAAAAACUACUUGCAAAACUGCAACAUUUAGUGUCCUCAAACCAUUAAAACGUCUAAUUACUAGACAAGGUUUUACAGUGUGGUGAAGUUAAUAAUUAAAAACAUUGUAAAUCUACUUUUGUAGAGAGACUGUUAUACUUCUGUGGUGAACCUUGGUGAAAAUUGGACCCAUUUUAAGAUUUUACGGAUAUAUUUCUGAACAAUAAAUAAUAUAUCAAAUAUAAAACAUUACACGUGUAAACAUUUCAAAAUUUGUUACUUUGUGUACAAACAGACACUACCCUUAAAAAACGUUAAGCAAGCCUGCUCUGUCACCAGUUCCCGCUAAAAGCAGUUACUGAUGCUUGAGCUGUUCACAUACAAACGUAGAAAAUAAAGCACAGUCAGCAAGUGACCCCAUGAUUGCAAAGGCUUGAGAAUUACUGACCUGUCUAACUGUAAUGGAGCGGAAAAGACCUUAAAACCUACUGCAGCAAAGCUGACGGUAAAAAAAAUCACCUUAACUCAACCCUAAGUUUUUUACAUUAAAUUAUUUGUAUGAAAUUUAUAUUUUCUAAUUAAUUUAUCUGACAUGUGUGGUGCAAAUGUUGAUGCAAAUCUGAUGCAAAAAAUAAAUAUAUUUAGUGACA